UCGCUCAAUCAAUUGUCUUUUGUUUACCACAUUCCAAGAACCGAAAUUUUGUUUCCUUCCCUUCCCGUAAUCCACUGAGAUAGAGAGAUUACUCGCACUGGUAGGUAAAUUUCUAGGGUUUUUGUUCAAUCUGGCACUGUUGUUGAUUCAUGAUCGGAUUCUGUCAUUUUCGAACGACAACGAUCCUUUCGGCGAUUGUUGGAUAAAAACCCACUUCGAGUUCCUGAAACCCAUCUUGUAGUUUUUGCCGAUCGGUGUUUGCUCUGUUUUGUAAUUAGCCAAAUCGGUGGGUUUAGAUAUGAACGGGGGAAACAAGCGAGUCUACCACAGACUCGGCGGGCCGACAGGGCCAUCGGACCCGAAGCAGAAGGUCUGUUUCCACUGGAGAGCCGGUCGGUGCAAUCGCUUCCCCUGCCCUUUCCUCCACAGAGAGUUACCGCCGCCGGGUCAUGUCACAACGUCGACGACGACGGCGACGUCGAACAAACGAGUCGCCGACGAGUCCGGGUUCGCGGGUCCGAGUCACCGGAGAGGACCCGGGUUCAAUGGGAAUGGUAAUUCGUGGGGGAGAUUCGGUGGGAGCAGGGCGGUGACGAAGACGGAGAAAGUUUGCAACUUUUGGGUUCAAGGGAAUUGCUCGUAUGGCGAUAAGUGCAGAUACUUGCAUUGUUGGAGCAUGGGAGAUAGUUUUUCUUUCUUAACUCAACUAGACGGCCAUCAAAAGCUUGUUAGUGCGAUUGAUCUGCCAUCUGGAUCGGGUAAACUUUACACGGCCAGUCAAGAUGAGACUUUAAGGAUCUGGGAUUGUGCUUCUGGACAGUGUACGGGUGUAUUCAAUCUUGGUGGGGAAGUUGGCUGCAUGAUUAGUGAAGGACCAUGGCUACUGGUCGGCAUGCCGAAUCUUGUUAAGGCUUGGAACAUUCAAGACAACGCAGACCAGAGUCUCACUGGACCUGUUGGCCAAGUAUAUUCACUGGUUGUGGGUAACGAUCUGCUGUUUGCCGGUACACAGGACGGCUCUAUUUUGGCUUGGAGAUAUAACGCUACCACUAGUUGUUUCGACCCAGCAGCAUCACUUAAAGGCCACACACGUGCGGUUGUUUCAUUGUAUGUUGGAACAAACAGCAGGCUUUAUUCGGGUUCUAUGGACAAUUCUAUAAAAGUAUGGAGCCUCGAUAAUCUGCAAUGCAUACAGACCCUUACCGAGCAUACGUCUGUCGUGAUGUCCCUCAUCUGCUGGGAUCAAUUUCUCUUGUCUUGUUCGUUGGACAACACGAUCAAGGUCUGGGUUGCUACUGAAGGUGGAAACUUGGAAGUGACAUAUACUCAUCAGGAAGAACAUGGUGUUCUAGCUCUAUGUGGAAUGCACGAUGCAGAGGCCAAGCCGGUUUUGCUAUGCUCUUGCAACGACAAUUCCUUGCGUCUCUACGACUUGCCAUCGUUUGCGGAAAGGGGCAAAAUUUUUGCGAAAGAAGAGAUACGGUCGAUCCAGAUUGGCCCGGGAGGCUUAUUCUUCACCGGUGAUGGGACUGGUCAAGUUAAAGUGUGGAAGUGGAACACCGUACCAACGGCUGCUUCGUCUUGAGCUGCGAAGCAAAAAGCGUAGUUUUUAUCAUUGUCACGAUCUCUCCUCCUCGUUUCUGCUUCAGAAAUUACGGAUUUGAAGAAGCAGGAGGAGGAACUGACGAUAUACGUCCCCGAGGAUUUGGGGGUGUCAGGGAAAUUUCCCUUGUUUCAGUUUUCCGAGGUCUUCACCGGUUGAGGAGAGAUUAGGUCCUGUUAACUCCAUUGAACUGCAACACAGGCUGCGGCAUUGGGAAAAAGAUUAUUAGAGGAAACUCUUUUGUAUCAUCAUUAUUAUGGAUGGAUUUUUUUUUUAUUGUAGACAAUGAUCAGAUGAAUUCUUGAGGCCCUCCCAUAAUUUUCUUCUGUA